GCCAUAACCUCACUUCCUUGACAAUUCUCACAUCCCCGGACAUUGUGGGACGUUGUGUCUGCCGGAGAUGACCUUUGAGAUUAUGGUGUGUUGUCGACGACACAGCUCGAGAAAUGCCACAAGAUAUUCUGGGUGUGAUAACAGUGAGUGAUGGAGAAAAUUGCUAACAGUGCCACGCCAGUGUAACCAAAAGCUACCAUGGGAUUGUAUCGGAUGCUGUUGAACCUGGUGGAUCCGUUUGGAGUCAUCCGGAACUUUAUCGUAAAGCCAGCGAACGAUUUCGCCUUCUCUCUCUUCCUUCACUACAAACACCGCACCGCGGAGGGUGUGAACAAUGUCCGGGAGCUGUUGCUGAAGGCUCUGAUAGUGUUCUUUGCCGGGGCCGUGGUCAUCUGGACGGCUGUCUUCAUGUACAUCACCUUCUACUACACCUACAUGCCGGCCAUCGCUCACAUGAGACCCGUUCACAUGCAAUUUGAAACCUGCAACGUGCAAGGUCCGUGUUCAUAUCCUUCAGCUCACGUGUCCUUGACGAAGAAGCAGCAGCUGCUGAUGGUGGGUCAGCCGUACAAAGUGCUGGUGAACAUUGACAUGCCAGAGUCGCCUCAGAAUCAGGACGUGGGGAUGUUCAUGGUCUGCGCCGAGAUGCGAGACCAAAGCACGAGUCUUCGAGGUCAUUCCUGUCGCUCAGCGAUGCUGCGGUACAAAUCGCCACUCCUCAACAGCCUGAUCACCUGGGUGAUGUCGCCUCUGCUGAUCCUCGGACUGCGGGAGCAGAAGCAAAUCAUCCCUGUGGAGCUCUUCUCCGACUAUCUGGACGAGAAGACGUAUCCCGUGACGGACAUCUACGUGGAGAUCCAGAACAAGGCCGUGCAGUUCUAUGAGGUGAACCUGCAGAUUACGGCGCAGCUCAGCGGCCUGCGCUUCUUUAUGUUUCAUUGGCCAAUACUGUCUGCUACAGUAGGCAUCAGCACCAACCUCUUCAUCAUCCUCCUCAUCCUGCUGCUCAGCUGGUACCACUGGUCGGACACCACGUGGAUCGACGAGGCCAGGGACAAAUACCGCAACAUCAAGAUGUUCACCCCACUCAGCGAGUCGCCGAAGCACGAGGAAGUCUCCACGACGUCGGUGGAGAAGGACAGCUUCGUCGACGACGAGGACGUGAGCAUCAUUGAGGAUGUCAGUGGCUUCGACGAGGAGUCAGAGAGCCCCAGCGAAGGCAAGUGAGGUGUACUAUAGCCCGAAGAGAAGAAUUGCAUCAUUCCAAAGCUCUCCAAAUGAGAUUAAUUUAUGAGGCGCUUUUUACAUGAAUUAAGGACAGUUUUUGGUAUUUUACACGCCCAAGACGAAUACUAAAUGGACUUUAGGCAUGAAGAGUCCCUGAAAAAUUACUUAUUAUAUUUAUCCUGCCUUUUUAUAAAUAUUUUACUUCAUUGUUCUGAAUUCCUAAAGCUAAUUGUGGGGAAUUCAAGGAAAUUCUUAAUGUAUUUUCGCUAAAAUUAUAUUAAUACAAAUUGUAGAAUGUAUUUAUUCGCAUUCAGAAAUGUAUUUCAGAAUCAA